CUUCGCCUCUCCCGGUGUUCUUCUCAACACUCAGCGGACAAAGAAUGAGUCAAACAACAGGCAGGAGGAAAAUGAGGAUUCAUUCUCUCUGAUUGCGAAACUUUUAUUCAAAAAAUGAACUGGCUGCUAGAUCGAUGGAUUAUUUUGUGCUUAACAGUCUGUGUGUGUACUGGGGUGCAGGUGAUCGUUCGGGAGGAGAGGCGUUUCGCCAUGCUCUUCCAGUCUGUGGUACUCCAGUGCCAGUACCACACGCCCUCCACACAGACCCCUGUGGUGCAGUGGUGGUACAAGUCCUACUGCCGUGACCGCACACAAGACUCCUUCACCUUCCCCGAGAGCCUGGGGGUCCAGGGGUCCGAGCUGGGCGCCGCGGCCCAACUGGAGUGCUCCGACACCAGCCGCACCGUCCGCAUCGUAGCCUCCGGCCAGGGUGCCUCCUUGACGCUGGCUGAGCACUACAAGGGCCGAGAUAUCGCCAUCGUUAACAAGGCGGACCUGCGGAUCGGUGACCUGCAGUGGGGUGACAGCGGCGUGUACUUCUGUAAGAUAGUCAUCGCUGACGACCUGGAGGGGAAGAACGAGGGCCAGGUCGAGUUACUGGUGCUGGGUAGGACAGGUGUGCUGGACGAUCUCCUGCCUGAGUUUGAUGUGGAGAUUAUGCCAGAGUGGGUGUUUGUGGGAUCUGUAGUCUCAUUGAUCUGUGUCUGUGUUCCAGAGUGGGUGUUUGUGGGAUGUGUAGUCUCAUUGAUCUGUGUCUGUGUUCCAGAGUGGGUGUUUGUGGGAUGUGUAGUCUCAUUGAUCUGUGUCUGUGUUCCAGAGUGGGUGUUUGUGGGAUGUGUAGUCUCAUUGAUCUGUGUCUGUGUUCCAGAGUGGGUGUUUGUGGGAUGUGUAGUCUCAUUGAUCUGUGUCUGUGUUCCAGAGUGGGUGUUUGUGGGAUGUGUAGUCUCAUUGAUCUGUGUCUGUGUUCCAGAGUGUGUGUUUGUGGGAUGUGUAGUCUCAUUGAUCUGCGUCUGUGUUCCAGAGUGGGUGUUUGUGGGAUCUGUAGUGCUGGGCAGUAUCCUGUUCCUGUUGUUGAUGGGGAUCUGCUGGUGUCAGUGCUGCCCUCACUCCUGCUGCUGCUACCUCCGCUGCUGCUGCUGCCCCGACACCUGCUGCUGCCCACUCCACCUCUAUGAGGCGGGGAAGAUGGUGAAGAGGGGCCAGCCUCCCCAGGUUGUUGUGUACCCCCCUUACUGCAUCCCUGGAGUCCCCACCAUGGUCCCCUUCGCCCCGCCGUCCCUCGCGGAACCUAAGAUGGUCUCCCUCCCCUCAGUGGAGAACAACUUGGCUGGGGCCAGUAGCCUAUCAGAGCUCAGCUCUCUGCAUGAGGGAUGGGACACGGAUUUCCGGCAGACCUAUCGGACAGUCCAGAUGAAAGCUCUCCCACCCAUCGCUGACCUCGAUGACCAAUCAGAGCUCACGGCAGCUCCUGUGCACAACAGUCGUCGACCCAGGCAUUACCGUGGCAACCACACUGAUGACGAGCAAGACAGCAGGUGGAACCCUCGCUCUGUGCACCUGGAGAGGAGGACAUUGGGCUCCAGGGGGCGUACUGGCUCUCUGGAUGAGCUGGAGGAAUUUGCUAUGUCCUACGGCCCCCGUGCCCGGAGGGGCGACCCCCGUGACCAGGACAGGGACUACGACCUGGAACUACGGGGGCGAGAGCACUACCCGCCGUACCGGGACCACAGCCCCUCACGCCGUUUCCAUGGAGACAGGGAUGAUGACUGGCACCCCCGCCGCAGCCCACCUCCGCAGAAGAAGAGGGACAUGUGGGACGAUCUCCCCUCUCGCCCCCACCAGCACACCCAGGGGCGGAGGGGUUACGAUGACGCCUUCCUCAACAACUUAUUGGAGCGCAAGGCGAGGGGGAGAGCAGGAGAGAAGGGGGAGAGAGGAAAGGGGCGGGUUGACGAGGACAGUGACACUCCCUCCAAGGGCAGUUCAAAGGGCAAGGGCAGCGACGGUUUCUACAGCCGGUCACCUACCAACAGGCCCGAGGAGGAUGACCCUUUGCCUCCAUACUCAGAGCUAGAGAUGGAAAGGUACCGGAUGGUCAACCCAACCACUGAACGUUACCGCAUGGUCGAAUCGCCCUCAGAACGAUACAGCACCACUGACCAGGCCAUGCAAUCGUUCUCCUAUACCCGUCCCCCUAAAGGACUGGCCCACACCAUACAGGCAGGCAGAGAGGACAGGGACAACAACCGAAAUAUGACCCCUGCUCUGAGCAGAGACUCUCUCAUAGUGUGACACACCAGAGAGAACUCAAGCCUGUGCCUGCACAGCACUGCCAGCAUUGAGAAUCACACAUCACUCACUUAAAACAUCAUGCAUCAGCCUGGGAGUGACUAACUGAUCAUCCUCAUCAUCAACAACCUGAAGAGGCUUAUCCAAUAGAAAGUUUCCAUCCACAGAAGGGAGGCACCUUGCAUGGAUCACGAGAAGACAAUGGAACGUGCAUUGUUUAUGCAUUGAUUUAAGGAACAUUUGGACACCAUUUUGUUUGUAUGUGUGUUGAGCGUAGAUGCAUUACAUACACACCGUUUGAAUUGGUAUGUGUGGGUGUAAAGCAUUUGUGUGAAUGUGUACUGUAUUGUAUGUCCAUAUUUAGAUUUAUCUGUGAAACUCAAACCAAGCAUUCCACAGAGCAGUCCCCCUCUCUCACCUAUAAAGCACGGUGAAAGCUAGUUCCCGUGAAGUUACGCUGACAACAAUGAUACGAUUAGGGCUAUUGGUAGGGAUAGAUUGAUAGGUAUUGAUUAGGUGUGGAGGAGAGCUAAGAUAAGGGGUUAAAGAAAAGGAAAGCAGUCAUCAAAGAAACUUCAUAUGAUCAAUUGAUGUGUGUUAAGUUCAGGAUUGUUUUGAUCAAUUCUAAACAACUAUAUGCCAACUUGCCAUUAUAAUUGUAAAUCCAAUGCUCCCCCACGUGUCAUACAUUUCAUCAGACUAUAAGAAACAUAUAAUAGGUGUCAAUUGUGCCAUGAAAAAGACAACUCAGGUUCACCUGCCUUCAUUGUGUGUGUGUGUGUGUGUGUGUGUGUGUGUGUGUGUGUGUGUGUGUGUGUGUGUGUGUGUGUGUGUGUGUGUGUGUGUGUGUGUCAUGUACUGUACCUACUGUAAAUGUACUGUACCUACUGAGCUUGAAUUUAUAUUACAGGUUUGCAAUUGCACUGUAAUAGUAUUCUUUAUUAGCCCACAGUAUUAAUUGGACAUGCCGUUAUUGGCCACAGGUAACUGUGUUUUGAAACUGCCAUUCAGCCAUAGCAGAUGUUUGUAUUUCACUUGUUUGACAUUGAUUUUGAUAUAAACACACUAUCUUA